AUGUCGUUAGAUCCGCCCACUUACCUCAGCUCCCUUCAAAACAACAUUCGGGCCCGGCCAAUUCCUUGGGAGGGUGCUGUCCGAGCGGGCAACAUCACCGAUGACCACCUGAAGAAGAUCAAGGCUGUGGACAAGGUGCGCAAGGAGCAGCGUAUUCAGACAAUAGAGGCAGAUCUUUCGGGUUAUACAAGCUUGCUUGCUGGUGGUUCACAAGGCAAGAGUGUAUUGGACUCGGCUUCCCGCAGGGCAGAUAUCGUGCAAUACGUCCUCGUGCUGGCCUCGGAUCUGAUUCAGGACGUUCCCUCGCUGGCCGAUGCGCUCGUUUCUCACCCCGAACCGUACAAGCCAUUCCUACAGUUCUUGCACCAAUCCUCAAAUGACCAGGAUCCUAUUCCGCUGCUCACCUCCACUUUCCUCACGGCUCUCGUGUCGCACAGUCUUGUCAGCUCGUCUAAACCUGCCUCGCGUGAUGAUGAAGCUCUUCCGCAGCUAUACCUUUACCUCUCUACUCUGACCAAGAACCAAGACAGCGGGCUGCAGGACAUUGGUGUUCAGGGAUUUUCGGAGCUGCUCAGGAAGAAGCGUUCUCGCGAGAUCUUUUGGAGCCACCGGAAAGAAACUUUAGAGCCUCUCAUUGAUACUCUGCGUGCCGCUGCAGGAAUUAAGGAGACGGCCGGUGCAGGAACCAGUACACGUGGCACUGAUUCUGGUUUGGCGGGAGGGGUUAGCCUUCAACUGCUUUAUCGGGUACUCCUCGUAGUAUGGCAGCUCACAUUCGAGAGUGAGUUGGUUGGCGAGGAAUUGCAAGAAAACUAUGAAAUCAUUCAGCUCUACACCCAACUCCUGGUUAUCUCCCAGAAGGAGAAGACCAUCCGCCUGCUUCUUGCAACCCUACUCAACCUUCUUUCCACUAACCGGAACACCUUGCUCCCCGCUGCCGUCUUUGUCCGCCUACCUGUUCAACUCACCAAACUUUCCGGACGUCAUUUGACCGACGAAGAUCUUAUCGAAGACCUCCAAGCCCUGUCUUCUAUGCUAGACGAGUACACCAAAACUCAAACUACAUUCGAUGAAUAUGCUCUUGAAGUUCAGUCCGGUCAUUUGCGCUGGUCACCCCCGCAUAAGAACCCUACUUUCUGGAAGGAGAAUGCCCGUCGUAUCUUGGAGGAGUCCAACGCAGCGCUGCCUAAGAAGCUCGCUGAGAUCAUGUCUCAACCUUGGGAGAAUGACAAGCAGGUCUUGGCCAUUGCCUGUAACGACGUGGGUCACCUGGUCAAGGAGCUUCCUGAAAAGCGUACCCAACUGGAACGCCUUGGCUUGAAGGCCCGGGUGAUGGAGUUGAUGGCAGACCAAGAUGAGUCGGUGCGCUGGGAGAGUUUGCGCGCCGUCGGUGAGUGGUUGCGAUAUACCUUCGAGUAG